UCCACACAUUUAAUCUUCAUUUUCAUUAUUAUACUUUAACUUCCACACACUUCUUCUUUUUUUUUUUUUUGAUAAAUUUAACUUCCACACACGAACAUAUAUGUAUUUUCCCCUUUUUUAUAUUAAUAAUUAAAUAUUAUAAUUCGGGCUUUCUUUUGACUUUCUCCAUCUCUCUUAAUCUCUGUAUAAAUAACCCUCAUUUCUCACAUUCUAUUCCGACCAAACCCAUAUCACCGUUUUCAGUUUUUUUUUUUUUUUUUCCUUCAUUUUGUCCACACUCAAAAAAAAAAAAACAAAAAAAAAAAAAAACCUUUUUUGCAUUGGUAGAUCAUAUUUGUUAUUUGAUUUCCAUGGGGAACUAUGUUUCUUGCACUUUGGCAACUCCUUUGAUCAAGAGCUCCAAGGUAGCGAGGGUUGUCUUCCCGGGCGGAGAGGUAAGGCAGUUCCGUGAACCCAUCAAAGCGGCCGAGCUCAUGCUCGACUGUCCCAACUACUUUGUUUCCAACUCGAGGUCUCUGCAUAUCGGAAGGAGGUUUUCGCCUCUCAGCGCUGACGAGGAGUUGGAGUUCAGCAACGUUUACAUCAUGUUUCCGAUGAGGAGAGUGAAUUCUAUUGUCACGGCGGCGGAUAUGGCGGUGUUCUUCAUGGCUGCGAACUCCGCCGCCAAGCGGAUAUCCGGUGCGAAAGUCAGGAUCUUGCCGGAGUCCGGCGGCAAUGCACAGGGAGUUGCGGAGGCUGGAAGUGUCAAUAAGGAGGAGAGUGAGGUUGGUGGGCCAAGGUUGAGUUUGGAUGGAAUUGAAAGGUUUGAUCAGAUUCCGGAAUUCAAGUAUAGAUUAGCUGCUUGUAGGUCAAGAAAACCAAUGUUGGAGACUAUAAAGGAAGAGCCAAUUCGAUCAAGGUGAAGAAGAAGAUUUUAUGUGCCUUGAAAUGGUAGGAAAUUAAAAUUAGCUAGUUUUGUUUGUAAUUAUACUCUGAUUGAUGUUAUACGAGAUGGUUGUUUUUUUCUUUUUC